AUGUUUGGAGAUGAUAAAGCUGCAGAAUUGUAUGAGAAAUUCAAAACAGACUUGUUCAAAGUUUUCAAUGCAUAUGAAUCUCAAAACAGCACUGCAGCUCCUGCUUUCUUUAGCAACUCUGUCGCUCACAUGGAUGUAAGAAGCUCAGGUGCAUCUAGCACAGAUUAUGCUAGUUUUGUGUUGGAAAAUGAUGAAGAUGAUGUUCAGAAAUCUGAGUUAGAGACAUACUUAGGAGAACCAAUUCUUCCUACUCUAACAACUCAAGAUGAAAUGAACUUUGAUAUAUUGGUUUGGUGGAAGAUGAAUAGCUGUAAGUACCCAACUCUAGCAAACAUAGCAAGAGAUGUGUUGGCUAUGCCAGUGACCAGUGUGGCAUCAGAGUCCAUGUUCAGCGAUGGUGGAACGGUCCUAACAACACAUAGAACUUCACUAAGUCCAGAUUUAGUCCAAGCAUUUCUAUGCCUAAGUGAUUGGCUGCCAGACUUCUUUGAUGCAGAUAUGGAAAUCGUCGAUUGA